CCUGAGAUGAGGCCUUCCCUCCUCUUCUUUAUUCUUUCAUCAUAAAGCAAAGUAUACGUAAUAAGUAUAUCAAGAUACUAAACUGCAUGCCUGAAAGCGCCAUGAAGGAAGAAUAACAGUUGGCCGAGUUUCUCUCCCCAUCCUGAAAACAACGCAAAUAUUGAAUACUUGGUUACUCACCGAGUCACCACCUGUGAUCAGCAGCAGGCGGAGGCGGUUCAAACACCACGCCACAUCUUGCAGCUCUUCACGUUUCUGGCCUUUUCGUCGGCAUUCUCCGGGACAUUCGUUCUGUAAAGGUACAGGUGGAAGAUCCGAUGACUGAAGUUAGUGCUUAUCUGCCAGGCGACCCGCACCCUCUUCAUCGCUGCAACCAUCUUCACUCUCGCCGACAGUAACAGCACCACCGCAAUCAUGAAGAACUGUUGGUCACCGUGGUAUUAUUACGACAACACGGAGGGUGGGAGCAAAGCGUGCGCCGCCACUACAAUCUUCUUCAGCACCUUCUCCAUUAUCUAUAUCAGUUACUGCCUUGACGGCGGAGACUCUUCUCAGUUCUUUCUACCUCUUUUCGAAACUGAUGUGGACACCACAAUGAAACACGCUGGAGGAUUCAUGAUUGUGUUCUACUUAUGCUAUAUUGUGGUAUCCAUAUUGAUGAUCUUUGGUGUCAAUUUGGACCAUCGUGGUCUUAUCUUACCCUGGCUCACACAGAACAUGAUCUACAGUCUCAUGAUCAUUGCUUUCGCUCUGUGGCUACAGGCAUCAUAUUACCACUUUCUGCUGUCAGUGUUAUGGACAUGCAUCUACCUACUGUUUGCUGCUGUUCAUAUAUACAUGUACCGGUGUGUCAAGAGCCAGUAUGAGCUUAUCAAGCAGUCACAGGCUCCAAACAUUGUGCAGCUGUACUGAGCAGUAUCCACCAUCAAUAGUCUUGCCAUCCUUUGUCCAAGGGAUGAUUGUUGAACUUCAGCUUAUGCAAAGCUGAGCAGAAGCUUCAUAGACAAAAGCUCAAAAAUAAAUCUUGUAAUGCUUGUUUGUUUUAACAAGUGCUAAAAUGGCAGCAUCACCAGUUACUUUUGCCAACCUUUAAUGUACAAAGAUGUUUUACCACUAUAACAGGUAUACUGAUGAUCUAUUGGUGUAUUAACUAAAAAAUACUUAUUAAUAUCUUUGUAAAGGCAUUUAUCUGCAUGUGUUGGUUUAUGUGAGGAAUGUAAUCUGUCCAAGGGAAAACUAUCAAGAAAACUUUGUUUCUUGAAUUUUUUCAAGACCACAGAUGUAAUGUUGUCCUUUAUAAGAUCUCAGAGUAAAAUUACAAGUGCAGUUGGCACAGCUCAAGUUUUCAGAGGACACAACAUUAUGUGUUCUUUUCAAUGAACUGUGUGGUGUUGAGUUUUUAAGUUUAUUUUGAAUGUCACAGUGUCAUUUGUGUUAAUGGGCAUGAAACAAAACUGUUUUUCUGAAGUUUAUUUUAAUACUUUAUCUUCAUAGAGAGUUGUACAUAGAGAGGCAAGGUUUUCUGUGUAUUUAUUUCUCAUAUGCAAUUUGUUAUGUGUUCAAGGCAUAUUGUAAGUAUGCCAUGCUUAUAAUUUAAGUUUGCAGGUCACUACUUGUACUUGCAGUAACAAACUUAAUGAUAUAUAUGAGAGUAGUACCUUUAUAAAACUUGCUAUAAUAUAUUUCAGGAAAUGAAUAUGACAGAUUGAAACCUUCCAUGUAGAGACUGGAAGGAAACCAUAAGUAAUGAACUAAAUUAAUUGACCAACACAUUGAAGCUUUCUUGUGUUACAUGGAUUGAUAACAAACGUAGGUUAUAAUACUGACAGCUGUCACCAAUUGACAAACUUGUUCCAUCCACUAAAGCCAGAACAUGGCAGAGCUGUCACCAAACUUAGUCCGUCCACUAAAGCCAGGACAUGGUAGAGCUGUCACCAAACUUAGUCCGUCCACUAAAGCCAGGACAUGGUAGAGCUGUCACCAAACUUAGUCCGUCCACUAAAGCCAGGACAUGGUAGAGCUGUCACCAAACUUAGUCCGUCCACUAAAGCCAGAACAUGGUAGAGCUGUCACCAAACUUAGUCCGUCCACUAAAGCCAGGACAUGGCAGAGGUGUCACCAAACUUAGUCUGUCCACUAAAGCCAGGACAUGGCAGAGCUGUCACCAAACUUAGUCCAUCCAUUAAAGCCAGGACAUGGCAGAACUGUCACCAAACUUAGUCCAUCCAUUAAAGCCAGGACAUGGCAGAGCUGUCACCAAAUAGUUAAUAUGUUCCGUCCAUUGAAGCCAGAACAUGUCACCAAAUUAUAAUUACAUUCCUUCCACUAAAGCCAGAACAUGGCAACCUACAAUGGCUAGGUCUUCCCAGAAUCUUCAAUUGCCUUGCUGAUUCUUGGAAAGAGUUUACAAAAAAGGAUAUAAAGUAGUGAAGUCCUUGUCUAUAGUUUUACAUACAUUAGGGGCAUUGAAGUGUUGGGGCUAAAACACAACCUUAAGAAGCAGUAUUGAGUGAUUGUGCAGUUCCAGAGUCUGCAUAUUUUAAUGUUUGAAUCUUGUAUGAAUCACUGACAAAGCCAAAGGAGCUGUGUUUUUAGAAUGUCACAAGUAUUGUAAGUUAUGUUGUGAUUUAAUUUUUGUUGUUGAAAUUAUUAUUAUUAUUAUUAUUAUUAUUAUUAUUAUUAUUAUUAUUAUUAUUAUUAUUAUUAUUGUUAUUAUUAUUAUUAUUAUCAUUAUUAUUAUUAUUAUUAUUACCAUCAUCAUCAUCAUUAUAGUCUGGCAACUCAAAGCUUGGUUAGAAGGAUGCUGCCUGUGCAUUCCUUGCAUGUUGCUAAAGAUGGUUGGGGGGGUGAAAUGAGGUGUAGACUUCCUCCUUGGUUUUAUUAUUUCUGCAUGGAGACAAAGUAUGAUAGAUAUACUAUUGUAAUUACCAUUAUUAAUACAUAUUGUCAUUAUGAUGGAUAUCAUUAUAAUCAUAUGGAGUUAUGAAAGGAGUUUGAAAGUUUCACUGUAAACACAAAAGCAGUAGGAUAUGCUGUCUUUUAACAUGAAUGACCACAAACCACUGAAUGCUUAGUGAGACCUUAUUAUGUGUCAAAUGUACAUAAUGUUUACAUAAAUUUAAAGGAUUUUUGUGGGACUUGCAGCAAAGGUGGUAGUGGUGAGAAAUGUUAUUAUUAUCUAUUUAUUUCAGUUAUUAAAAAGCAGGCAGGUAUUGAUUAACAGUGAGGUGUGACAUUUUGUCACAGUGAGAACAGUAAUUUUGUACCAUCCAAUCCAUCCAAACAGAUCUGAUGAGUAUAUACUUAUUUUUGUAAGCAGUAAAGUUAACAUUGUUAA